ACAAACAAGCACACAAGUAAAACUAAUGGAACUUUUCUAUUACUGCGCAUUCUUUGCACCUCUUUAGGCUCAACUUUUUUUUAUUAAAGAUUUGAGUUUUCAGGCCCUUUAUAGCUUAUAUAAACCCCAAAACUUAGUGAUCUUUUAUAGUCACUGCAGGAAAAUUUGAUCAUGAAAGGCUUAUUUGAGGAGCAAGAGCAACCAUCUCCUGAUCUGUCGAAUUAUGCAUCGACAAGUGGUGAAUCUAAAGAUGAUCAAGAAAUGGGAACUAAUCAUGACAUAUCAAAGAGUGUUGGUGUCUUGAAAAGCUCUACCUUUAGCUGCCUAUCAAGAGGAAUGGAUGCAAAUUUCGCACGUGCGGUUGUGGCAGAAAUGGUGGGGACUUUUAUUUUGGUAUUCUGUGUAUGUGCAAUCAUAGCAAGCACUCAGAAGAUGAGAGGUGAUGUGGGUCUGUUGGAGUAUGCAAGCACAGCAGGUUUAACAGUAAUAGUUUUGAUCUUCUCAAUAGGCUCCAUUUCUGGUGCUCAUGUCAAUCCUUCUGUUACUAUAGCCUUCGCAAUCUUUGGCCAUUUCCCUUGGCCCAAGGUCCCACUUUACAUAUUUGCACAAACCGUUGGUUCGAUACUGGCAACAUACAUAGGGAAGCUUGUUUACAACAUCAAAGCAGAUCUCAUGAUCACAAGACCCCUACAAGGCUGCGUUGCAGCCUUUUGGGUUGAGCUUAUAGCAACUUUCAUCAUUAUGUUCUUGGUAGCCUCAUUAACUUAUCAAGCUCAAUCUAUGGGCUAUUUGUCCGGUUUUGUAGUUGGUAUUGCUAUUGGACUAGCCGUGCUAAUUACAGGACCUGUUUCUGGUGGGUCGAUGAAUCCAGCAAGGUCAAUGGGAGCUGCAAUUGUUUCAUGGAAUUUUAGAGACAUUUGGAUAUAUAUUAGUGCCCCAACAGUAGGAGCUGUGGGGGGUGCUCUCUUAUUUCAAAUUCUGAGGGUUCAGAGUGGGCCUUGUACCACACCUGCCUCCACUCACUCAGUCCUUACCCUUUAGACCAAAUAAAUUUAAUUUAUUAAUUAAUUAAUUUUAUGGAGAAAUUUGUCUAGUGUGCUUAUUGGAUGAUACCCUAACUACUUGUUCAAUUUAAUGAAGAACGAUGUGUUGAGACAAAAACUUCAUGUGCUUGAGAUUAUUAGACACAAGUACUCACCUCACUGGUUGGGUUAACCACAAUUAAUAUAUAUA